CCCCUCACCCCCUGCUAGGAGGAGUAGAAGGAAGAGAAGAGACUAGUCUCCUGCUGCCCACACCCGCACUAGCUAGCGAGUAGCGAGAGUAGCUCCUCCAUCCAUGGCUGUCCCUGCUCCAUGCCACACACCUGCCGCACUUGCCUCUGCGAGCAUGUACUGACUACUGCCUCCCAGUCCCUUGGCGCCAUCUUUCUUGUCUUGCUGCUCGCUGGCUGGCUGGCUCGUCGCCUGUGCGUGCGCGUGUGUGCUCUGCCGUCUGCGCUGCCCUGCCCUGCCCUCCACCGAGCCCUCAGCCAGCUUCGCUGCACCCACAUCCCUAUCGGGAUAAGCUGCCGCUGCAUGCCCCGCUGCACGUUCGCGUUCCGGAUGGUGGUCACCGCGCAAUGAUUCUUGCUUGGUGUCUAGCUGCCCGCGUCGCGGAGCGAGGGUGGGGGGGCCGGCCCGGAGGGAGCGGACAAACCGGCGACCAGUGACCUCACCCUGUGACUGCGGGAGCGCCAGGCGGGGCGGUGGGGCUGCCUGCCUGCUUCCUUGCUUGCUUGCUCUGGCUGCUGAGUGACUGAGCGGGCGAGCGAGCGGCAUGGAUUGGGAUCUCAAGAUGCCGGGUUCUUGGGACCUGGCCGAGCUGGAGCACGACGGGGUGCCGGCCAUGGCCGCUCCCGCCGCGGCGGGCAUCGCUGCCGCGGCCGCGCGUGGGCCGCCGGGCCGCCCCGAGUGCUCCGUCGACCUCAAGCUGGGAGGGCUGGGGGAGUUCGGCCCCGCGGCGGACGGCAAGAUGAAGCAGCAGCCCGUGGCGACGACGGCGGCGGCGGCGAAUGGCCCGGCGGCGUCUUUGUCGGCGUCGGCGUCGAACGCCGCGGCGGUGGUGCCGUCCGCGAGCCCGCUGAAGCGGCCGCGCCCGGGGGCCGGCGGCGGCGGCGGCGGCGCGGGGGCGGGGCACUGCCCGUCGUGCGCGGUGGACGGCUGCAAGGCCGACCUGAGCAAGUGCCGCGACUACCACCGGCGGCACAAGGUGUGCGAGGCGCACUCCAAGACGCCCCUCGUCGUCGUCGCCGGCCGCGAGAUGCGCUUCUGCCAGCAGUGCAGCAGGUUCCACAUGCUUGCCGAGUUUGAUGAGGCUAAGCGUAGCUGCAGAAAGCGCCUUGAUGGGCACAAUCGACGCCGCAGGAAGCCACAGGUAGAUAGCAUGAAUUCUGGGAGCUUCAUGACAACCCAACAAGGUUUGUAUUCAAAUGCAGGGACAAGGUUCGCGUCCUUCUCGGCUCCAAGGCCGGAGCCAAGCUGGUCCGGGAUCAUCAAAUCCGAGGACAGCAAUCCAUUCUACAGCACGCACCAGGUUAACUUCGGCGGCGCCACGUCGUCAUACUCCAAAGAAGGCCGGCGCUUCCCCUUCCUCCACGAAGGAGACCAGAUGAGCUUCAGCACCGGCGCGCCAGCACUCGAGAUCCCCGUGUGCCAGCCUCUCCUCAAGGCCGUCGCCCCGCUGCCGCCGCCGCCCGAGAGCAGCAGCAGCAACAAGAUGUUCUCCGAUGGACAGUUGACGCACGUGCUCGACUCCGACUGUGCUCUCUCUCUUCUGUCAUCCCCGGCCAACUCCUCCAGCGUCGACGUCAGCCGGAUGGUCCGUCCAAGCGAGCACGUCCCCUCGGUCCCCAGCCUGCAGUUCGGCACCUCCUCCUGGUUCGCCUGCUCCCAGGCCUCAAGCGGCGGCGGCGCCACCGGAUUCGCCGCCACCUUCCCCGGCGGCAUGGACGGCGAGCAGCUCAACGCCGGCGGCGCGCUGGUCCCCGGCUCCAACGACAACGAGAUGAACUGCCACGGGAUCUUCCACGUCGGCGCCGAUGGCUCCUCCGAGGGCACGUCGCCGUCCCUCCCGUUCUCAUGGCAGUAGGAGUCUCGAGUGAAGAUCAGAGGCUGUUCUUGGGUUCUUUUGGUGAUCAGUAGGCAGUAGCUAGCUGUGCCCCUUUUAGUGAUCAGGCCUACGUCCCGUUCUUUCUGUGUUUAUUCUCUCUCCUUUUCACGUUUCUAUGUCUUGGACUUGAUCUCUCGCUAUCAGAAUGAAUAACUUUGCAUGAUUCAGAGGGAAA